CCUUAACACCUAACAAAAGUGACAAGUGUUUGGCGAAGAAUGGCACAUGCAAUUUGGCGUUGUAAGGCACCACGGCUGAUCUCGAGGACUUGUCGAGAUCGGAAGGACUCCUUCAGUGAAAAAUGUAGAUGCCCAAAACAGAGACCUGUGCAUGUAAGCUGUUCCUGCACUGCUGUGGUAGGUGAGCUGACAAGAUGCGACUAACAGUGGUUCGUGCAAUGGUGGGAGGUCUGGUUUCUGUACUCAUCAUCUUGCAGUUGAUACACCUAUCCAUGAUCUCCUGGCUGGAGAACAAAGCCACCUCAAACACCCAUGGACGCCGGUCCGCCGGCUCAGGUAGCCUGCCCAGUCGCAACAACCAUUCUCCCCGGAGCCGGACUGACAUGCCCCUGGAGGCCAAGCUGGACACGACUGGUUCCUACAAAAUCUACCAUUCCUACAUGAAGAGUACUGGUGGGAUCGGUCGAAAGACUCAGGAUUCAUUGCCUUCAGAAGUGACUCUGGUCACACAGUGUUCGGUCAAUAACCUGUACCACCUUGUUGACCUGGUGGUCCGGUGGAGGGGCCCAGUGUCCGUAGCCGUAUUUUCAUCAAGUCCAGAUAUCAGUACUUUUAAUAACGUCUUAUUCACUUUACGGGAGUGUUUUCCAGGCAUCAAAGAGAAUGUUACCUUUCACCUUGUGCAGCCCAUCACUGAAAUAACUGAGAUGCUUGGCAGUAGCAUCAAGGCCUUCCCUUUCACAAAGUUGCCCUGCAAGACAAUCCUGGACAGCUUGAAAGAACAGACAUUCGAGGCUGCGUCACAGGCGAGGAACUAUGCCCUGGAGGUCGUGUACCCCAACAACGUCCUGCGCAACGUGGCCAGGAGUGGGGUGGCGUCCCGCUUCGUCUUUGUGGUAGACAUCGACAUGCUGCCCAGCGCUAACUUGCGAACUCAGUUCCUGCACCUGUCGCGGAGCAGCAUCAUCCUGCAGGAGGAGACGGAGUAUUCCAAGCGGACGGCGUUCGUUGUCCCGGCGUUCGAGAUCCGGGACGGCGCGGAGAUUCCAAGCACCAAGGAGAGACUCAUCCGCGAUGCUGCCAUGUACGGCCGCAUCAGACCAUUCUAUGCCGAGGAUUGUCCCUACUGCCACAACCACACAGACUACCACAGGUGGGAGAAAGUCAAGGGCACUCCAGGUGCAGUGAACAUUGCCUACACAGUGGAGUGGAAACCCCUCUGGGAACCGUUCUACAUUGGGCACCGGGAUGUGCCACUCUACGAUGAACGGUUCAAGCAGUAUGGCUUCAAUCGCAUCAGUCAGGUGUGUGAAAUGCACGUCGCCGGUUACAACUUUGCCGUGCUGGACACAGCCUUUCUCGUUCACAAGGGCUUCAAGGAGAAGUCGGCGUAUCACGCUCACAAGCUGCUGGAGAACCGCAAGAACAAGGAGCUGUUCCUUCACUUUCAAGAGGAGCUGAAGGUCAAGUACCCGGACUCCUCAAAGAGGUGCCAGACAUAGUUGGAGUGCUUGGGCUGCACGGCAGAUCUAUGCGCUUGGUGAGGCAAAUGAUCACCUGAAAGAUGAGAGGGUUGAACAGUCGGACAUAAACCCCUAAAUUCUUUGGCAGAGAAAGAUUGUGCUGGGAACAAAAUGUCGGUCUCUCUGACUUCUCUAAAUUUCUUUCUUCGGUUAAGUAAAUGGUGUGACCGGGUUGCAAGGGAGUGUGAAUAUCCAGGUGUCCAAAUGAUACGGUUGAAGCAUGGAGGAAUUCCUCCGUAGUUGAAGGUAACUAGACCCUGUUAUUUCAUGUUAACUAGGCCCUGUGUUUAAAGGGCAUUUUCGUGCCAGAAAGCAGACUUUUAAUCAAGCCAUCACGAGUCAUUCACUUGUCAAUCAUACGUCAGUCAUUUGUCAAUCAUAAGUUAAUCGCCAGUCAACCACAAGUUGUCCAGUCUCUACUCAAGUCACCUGCAAUUUGGAUGAACCACAGCAAAGACAUCCAUUCCAGUCCCUAUACAUUCGGGACGUGUACUUGUGAACUGAAGUGGGAUUGGACUUUUGAUUGUUCAGUGAUUGAAUGACCUGCAGUGCCAGAGGAUCGUUUCUUUCUUCAGCGCAUGUACAUGGAUAUUGGAAACCCCUGUGUGCCUGUGCUUUAUGCUAUGACAAUGAAACAAUAGUGUUGUGAAGUAAUGCAGAUGUGAAUGUCGGACUGCAAUUUCAACUUCAAAAAUUGACCUACAUGUAUAGUUGCGUUGUGACCUUGAAGAUGUACUCAAUGUGAUAACAUUGAGAUCUUUGUAUGUACAAGUCAGAAUCCUCUCUAAAAGUGGCAUUUUUGUGGGUUUUUCAGUUUACAAGAUACUAUGCAUCACACUAUUUUUCACCUGAGAGCUUUGUUAAUGAGAAGUGAGUUUAUGGAAAGUGGAAUAUUGUGUGGUAUUAGGCACUCAAUCUGGCUGGAAAUCCACGAGGGUCUCAAAUGGCCUGAUUAUGGCAAUACGUGUGACAGGUCUUUUUACAUGUAUGCACAGUACCCACCAGUCCACUGAUUGGUCAGGAUGCAGAUUCUUCACAUGGCAUUUGGAAAUUUCGCUCAGGCAUCUGAAACUCAGUGGUUUGUCUACAGUAUGUGCUACAUGCAAGUUACAUGCAAUGGGAACCUUGCUCAUUGAAACCAGCAGAAUUCCAGUUUUUACUCCCACGGAAUCCUGUUACCUGUUUCUGUUUGGAUGGGCCCUUAUCUACCCAAACUACUUUCUAAGGGGAGAACUUGUCAAGUAUUUUGGAUUCUCCCACUGUGCCAUUGUACAUUCUGAUAAACUGGUGUUCUUCGUGCAGUAACAACAAGUGAAGUAUUUGUAGAAUGUACCUAAAAACUCUGCAAACUUGACUACUUGUAAGCAAUGCAUCUGGGUGCCAAUUAAAUGAGAAGUCGCAGUCCAGCAUUUGAAAUUACGUAUCAUUUAGCAUGCAAGGGGCCAUGAAUUAUGAAUUAACUCCAGCUGGCUUGCUAAUGAGAAGGGGGGAACCAUCUAAUCUUGUCUGCAGCACUUGCUGCGCGGUCCAGUUGGCAUAAAAGUAAUCAUUGCCAGCUGGCUGCUUAGGCCCGACUGCGCGAAGUGUACACACCACCGCCAAAUCAGCCCCAGUUCAAUGCACAUCUUUUAUUUGUUUACUCCUACUAUUGAUGAAAACCUAACAGGGGGGGGAGACCUCAUCCAGGAAAUGAAAUACCUCCAGCUCGACCUUUCAAUUAAUUAGACAAGGUGCAGUUCAUCAGAGAAAAAGUGCAACCCCCCCCCCCCAUCUCACCACCUUAUUCUCCCAGAAGUUGGCAGAGUUGCGUGUAUCAUUGGCAAAUUGAUGAGGUAUGUGUCUCUGGCGUGAGGAAUCACUUCCGCCAAAAAAUAAACAGAAGAGAGAGAGUUUAUUUUGGCGGGCACAACACAUGAAUGUUGGGCCAAUUAUUCAUCGCGCACCCUGGAGUGAUCAGUCUGUUAAUUUUUUUUUUUCCUUAGGAUGAUGAUGAUUGGAAAUGGGGAUUUUUGUUUGUAACUAGAGAGAGGGAAUGGGGAACUGAUCAUGAAUUUUGGGACUGGCAGAGUUUGAUUGCAAGCUGGAAAGAGCUGGCACAGUCUUGUCAUUGCCAGAGAUUGUUUGGCGACUGACUUUUAUGGCAGCAUUAAAGUCAGAGAAAUCAUAAAUCAGAUGUUCUUAAAUCAUGGUUUUAUUUCUUGAAAUCCAAACGAUAUUUAGAGCUUGUUGGAAUUUUGUUGAUUGCUAUUAAACAACUCCUUAAAAUGCACGAAGAAUGACCAAUUUAAUAAAGACAGUAGUCAUUUGGCACUUUAAAUGCAAAGGCUCUUGGGAUCAUUCUGGUAUGGUCACUAUUUUCUGUAUCUUAGUUUUUGGUGUGGAAAUUUUAAGAUUCUUUGGUCAUUUUUAACUGCCCAGAGCUUUCACACUGUUAAUCUAAUGUAAUAUUUCUGUUUGAUUUUUUCAACUUAAAGUUAUUCAUUUUGUACUUGUAAAUAGGAAAACUUCUGUUUGCCUCAAUACGUGAUUUGACAAUCAAACUUUCUAUAUGCAUGCUGAUACAACUGUCACUAAGGCUUAAAAGCUUAAAAGUUAUGGUGUUAAAUGUAGUUUUCAGAUUUGUUUUUCAGAUUCUUUUUUUUAUUUACCAAAACUCAUCAGCCACCAGCGGUUGUAGUCGUUUCAUAUCAGUUCCUCCAGAAUGUCUGAUUUUAUUUAUAUUUCCUUUAAUUUCUUUUAUUUGUAAGGGGUUGAUGCUCAGAACUGUGUCGUUCCCACAAAGUUCCUGAAUUCUUAUCGUGUUGCAUGCCAAAGUUGUAGCAUUCCAUAGCAAGUUGCCGCUUGGACUCAUUGGUGACGUUCUGUUCCAGUGAACCUCAUGACGUGUCAAAGAGAAGUUAGACAUGAAGUUUUUAAUCGUUGGCUGCUUAUUACACUGGUGUCCAUCUUAUUCACAGACUUCUUAAUGCACUUAUGGUGUGAGGUGUCACUUAAUUUAAAAUGUGAAUGUUUCCAUCUUGACAUCUAACACUUGGCAGUGCUUUUACCUUUUUGUAUACAGCUGUGCCCGUAUUGAGAGAAGUCGUUCUGUGUAACACUCAAGAGCUAGCAUGCUUACUGGUACUGGCUGGAGUGUGCGGUUCCCAUGUUUGGAGGCUGUAUCAGCUAGCUUAGCGUACAUUGCAAAGAAGCAGCAGACUUCUGUCCCUGCUUAUUACUGCUGUUCAGAUGCCUUGUUGCUUGUUGGGAAUAAGAUCAAUCAUGUUCCUCAACAGGAAAGGCUGUGUAAUUAGCUGUACAAUUUUGGCAUGUGUAAGUUAUGAACUGCUGCAUGUUAACAACUGGGGCAGAUUGGAUCUCUAGCUUUUCCAACAGUAUCAAGUCUUUCUUUUUCAACCAUAUUUUGAGCUGACAACUUGAAAUUAACUUUAAAUUAUGUGGUACUAUUAGUAUAUUUAUAUUCUAAUCUCUUGCCAUUUUUUAUAUGACGCUCACAUGUUGGAACUUUGUUUGCCACACAAAUUGUUCUAUGUUGCUGUUCCAAAAGUGUGUUGGUUUCAAUUUAAACUACAAGUUACAAUAUACACCUGUUUGCAGUUAUUACAUCAGUUAUUUGAUACAGACAUGUCUGUAUGGUUUGAGUGUCUACAACUUCUGUUACAUAAUUUGGAAUGUGAAGGGCACUCCAUCAUUUGUAGUUGCAGUGAUAAUUCUUUAUGAACCUAAAUUCCAUGAUGCAGCAGGAAAUGCUAGCGUCCCGUCUCUUUAGUUUCUGUCUUUUCAUUUUUAGGGGGAAAAAAGGCAAAAUCUUUCCAGACGUAGUAAAAAACUGUCCAAUUGGAAUGAGAAGCAGAAUGCCCCAUGUAUUCCUACGUGGUUUAUUCGUUGGAAACCACACAAAGCAUUCCGAAAUGAACACCUAGCAACAAUGUCUUGCUACAUUUAUUCGAAUCUACAAAUCCUGGCCAUGACCAAACAAGGAGACAUUAGGAGCAGCCCAAAGUGUUUGCAGUAGGUUGAAGUGUCUUUGUUGUUCGUAUCUGAAGAGCAAGCACUCCAUUCAUUAUGGUAGGUGCACUGUCUGCAGUCAGGAUCCUCAAUGUUAAAGAGCCAACAUGCCUGUACUUUGAAGGUUCCAUGGAGUUGUAUUGUACUUGUUAAUAAAGCCACCCAUAGGUGUCUACAUCCACCGAUAAGCAUGUCAUUCAGCACCUUGUCCCACUGGUAAAUAAAUGAAACUUGAACUUUGGGUUUAUCUGUGAGUGUUUUCUAAACUUGCUCAUGUUAGAGCUUCAGCUAAGCGGAAACAAAUCUCUGAAGAAUCUACAGUUGUGUACACAAACAAAGGAUGUGUGCCAAAGUAUACCGAUGGAUGGAUAGAUAUAUUAAAGUAUUUGUUGCUUUGUUUAAAAGCAAUGGUAUAAUUUGAUAUUUAAGAUCAUGUUUAUAUUCUUUAACCAUAUGAAAAUAUUAAUCAAUAUAAAAAUGGUUUUGUUUUAUUUCUAAAGUUUAUGAUUGUAGCAGUACUGAUUGAUAUAAUUGAUAUUCAUUUAUGUCCGCAUGACCUGCAAAAACGUUGUUUUGCAUCUCUCUAGUGGUUAGUUUACAGGGGUUUAAUCAGCAGGGAUCGCUGUUUGGUUGAAAAAUUUUGCCAAGAAUAAUUAGUUCUGCUUCAGAUGUAGAUUUUUGGCCCAUGCUCUACAGGAGGUUUGAUAUACAGCUCUGGCACACAAUCCGAUUUCCUAUUGUGCGCAUGAUGUAAAGGCACGUCGGUUUUUUUUUUUCUAUGGAGGUGCCAAAUAGUACUUUUGUCAGCAAUCCAGGUGAUUUACUAAAGAGCUUUUCCCCACUUGCAUUUCUUUUCUGAAUCAGACACUGGUAUCCACCUAUCCUGUGACCAGGCAUGCCAAGGAUAACGUUGCUGCUGGGCUUUUGUGUAGCAUCAGUCAAAUGUUUUCAUAUUGGGCAUGUCCUCAUGCGUACCUCCAUUGAAAGAGAUGGAGAAGUGAACAGCUUCCAAAUGCUUUUACAGAUUACAACAAAGAAGUGGACAUCAAAACAUGGGCUCGGGAUGCAAAGUGACUCGACAAUAUUAAUUCUUAGUAGCAUUUCCAACACACUAUAAAUGCACAUGCUUGGAUCAAGUUUUUUAAUUUGCAUCAUGGAUGUAUUCUCCCGCUAAAUUUUAGAUAUCUUGAUUUUACACAGGCUUCAAAUUUAAUUGAAUUUUAAUUCAUGUGUAAAAUAUGCAUUGGUUUCAUUCCCCUUAGCUUCAUUAUUAACAUCUGUUAGAAAAAGCUGAUUACUUUUCUUAAAUUUACUGGGUUAAAGGGGCCUGAGAGUUUCAGUUUUCAAAGCAACACAUUACUGAAAGGUAACUGUGACCAUAUUCAGCUCUCAACUCUAUUCCUAAAUUCCUCAAAUCUUUAACCUAGUUUAUCAUUGUUGUUUGCCAGUUGUCGUCUUUUCAUCAGCCCCUCCAUCUAAAGACGUAAACUGAAUUCACUGCGUGUCGCGCCACAUCAUUCACAACUUUCAUUUUUCAGAUACUGAGAACUGAAAGUUGAAGUGGGAUGUCACAGUCACCGCACACAGCGAGUCAGACUGUAACCGAACACUGGCUGUGAAUGUGUCACAGAGCAAACAGCAGGCAUUGCUGUAAUGUUCCCAAGAAUGGCCUCGGGAAUUUAAUUGGCUCCACAGAAUUAUGUCUUAAUAUGGACUGAUAAGCUUGACAAUACAGCCUAAAGGCAUAAACACACAAGCAUUACUGACAAUUGAAUAGGUUUUUUUUUUUUUUUUUGAAGGAUUUACAGACAGCUGUGUGAAUGGGAUGGUGUUCAGGCUACCUUAGGGAAAUUGGAAUGAACUGUUAACCAAAUGAUUUUAUAACUGCCUGAUAAAGAAACGGAAAUCAUCCUUCAUUGACUCAUGUUCCAGUACCUUGCUCUGGUUGUCAGUUUCAUGUUCUACCACAUUGUUAGGAGAAAGAAUUGAUGUUGGCGGAUAAUUACUAGAAAAUGCAUUCAAGCUGAAGUCCAGAAAUAAUAUUUAAUCUGGGAAAAAACACGGGGAAGUUACCGGCCCAAAACAUAUUGUGGUCAGCUCUUAACGAGUACAGGUGCAGGAGAACACAUCACACACUUGGCAGAGACGGUUGGUACUGUGAGCUUCCCCUUUCACUUGAACCCUUUGUUGUCAACAUCGCUGAUCUUAGCCAUCGUUAUCCCAGAAACUAUCUGGGGGGGUAGGCUUCAUUUUCAGAUGGUACUCACUGAACGACUGACAGUGUAGACAGUGCUGUCAUUGUAAUCGAGAUACUGGGGUGAGGGAGGGUGGGGUGAUACCAAAUCUUGCUUCCUUGAGGGAGCAAUGGACAGUGGUGCCAAAACAAUUUAGAAGGGUCUGGAAAAGGGAGGUUAGAGGAAUGCUUGAUGCUUUGAUUUUUGUCACAGAGUGGGGCGAAUUCAAGGCAAAAACUAUAUGUGGUGGCCUGAUGCAUGCUUGAUGGCUGUCUGGUCUGGGCAUUGUGGAAAAUUGUUUGUUGGUCAUCUCUGUUUGAAUUCAUAGAAAUAAGACUGAGCUUGACUAAUUAUUAAAUCGGUGCUAAGAGUGUUUACUUCCCAGCACACAUUUGGAAGAUGCAGCACUUGCAAAACUAACUAUGGAGUAGACUGUAUGAUCCCUUCAUAAACCUUGAACUUACACUUUGAAGACUUGUCAUAAUACACCUUGUCACCCUGAUGCAUCUUUAAUCAAUGCAAUUUUGCUUUGAUAAUUUGCCUAGUGAAGAAGACAAAGGCUGAUAAUAUAAUAUCGGUUCUAUUCCAUUUCUGGUCGUUAUCCUCGUAUGCAUUUUGUUUCAAACUAAAGAUGUGUUUUUGGCAAGACGUAGAUCUAUAUUAUUUUUUUAAAGACUUGCAUGGGAAUAAUUUCUCAAGUACUUAACUGUAUAAAGACCCAAUUUAAAAAAAAAAAAUCCAUAGACAUUUUAUCAUAUUGUUUAUAGUGUGAUCUUGUAACUUUAGGGUAUUCCAUUAUCCAAUGUAGCAUCAAAUUAAAGCAAGUUUCACAGAAAACUGUUGUAAAUAUAAAGAAAAAUUGAUUCCAGUUGGGAAGUAAGCAUGCUUCAAAUAUCCGUAGGUGAAAACCACCUUUAAUACAAAUGUUUACCUGUACUACACAAUGCACCCUAUGUCAUUUUCAUAGGGCUAUGAAUAGUGGAACAAAAUGAACUCAUUAAGGUGUCUGUAUAUGUGCAAUAUAUUGCCUGCAGAAUUUGAUAAAGUUAAUUGUAUAUUGCGGACAUUUCAAAGUGA